GGCUGUGAUGGGUUGACAGGUGCGUGACAAUCGGAGCUCUCUGCAAGCAUGUACGCCAAAGGCAAGAGUAACAACGUACCGUCCGACAGCCAAGCAAGGGAAAAGUUAGCACUGUACGUGUAUGAAUAUCUACUCCAUGUAGGAGCUCAGAAGUCAGCACAGACCUUCCUGUCAGAGAUCCGAUGGGAGAAGAACAUCACGUUAGGAGAACCUCCGGGGUUCCUGCAUUCCUGGUGGUGUGUAUUCUGGGAUCUGUACUGCGCGGCGCCCGAGAGGAGAGAGACAUGCGAGCACUCCAGCGAAGCGAAGGCCUUCCACGACUAUAGUGCCGCCGCCGCUCCCAGCCCGGUCCUCGGAAACAUCCCUCCAGGAGAUGGGAUGCCAGUGGGACCCGUUCCCCCGGGAUUCUUUCAGGGAGCACCCGGUUCACUGCCAUCACCCCACGCACAGCCUCCACCUCACAACCCCAGCCACCCCAUGAUGGGCCCUCACACGCAGCCUUUCAUGUCUCCCCGUUACCCUGGCGGCCCCAGACCUCCCCUCAGAAUACCUAAUCAGGCGCUGGGUGGAGUCCCAGGAAACCAGCCCUUACUGCCCAGCGGAAUGGACCCCUCAAGGCAGCAAGGACAUCCAGGCAUGGGCGGGGCUAUGCAGCGGAUGACUCCCCCAAGGGGGAUGGUCCCACUUGGGCCACAGGGCUAUGGAGGUGGAAUGAGACCCCCAAUCAAUGCUUUAGGGGGUCCUGGAAUGCCUGGAAUGAACAUGGGUCCCGGAGGCAGACCCUGGCCAAACCCUCCCAAUGCCAACUCGAUCCCGUACUCCUCAGCGUCUCCGGGGAGUUAUGUGGGUCCACCCGGAGGAGGGGGCCCCCCAGGAACUCCCAUAAUGCCCAGCCCAGCAGACUCCACUAACUCUGGUGAAAACAUGUACACUGUGAUCAACGCAGUGCCUCCAGGAGGGAACCGGUCAAACUUCCCGAUGGGCCCGGGAGCGGACGGCCCCAUGGGGGGUAUGCCGGGAAUGGAGCCGCACCACAUGAACGGGUCGCUAGGGUCGGGUGAUAUGGACAGCCUCCCUAAGAACUCGCCUGGCAACAUGAGCAUGAGCAACCAGCCUGGAACCCCUCGGGAUGACGGCGAGAUGGGUGGAAACUUCCUCAAUCCCUUUCAGAAUGAAAGCUACUCUCCAAACAUGACCAUGAGUGUGUGACGCAUCUUGGGGACGCCCUGUGGAGUGUACAGUGAAUCAAGGAACUCACUCAAAUCCGCUGUAUCAAGCCUUCAUCAGCUCUCUGAAGAGUGGCUCCAAGCCUUUCUGUUCCGUCUUUGGUUUCAUCUUACCGUCAUUUUACUCACAAGACCCUUAAAAGACUGAAAGACUGAACGUAAUUUUGAGAAUCACAUGGAGAAGGGGCAACAGACUGAAAAGGCAGUGAGACCACAAUUUAUCUAUAUAUUUAUAUAUUUGUGUAUAUAUGUGAGUGUGCAAUCACAUACAUGUGCAUGUAUAUACAAAUAGAGAUGUAUUCCUUGACCAUCCUUUGGACUGAAAAUUCUGAAAAACUCUCAAGAGAAAAAAGAAAAUUGAUGAUGGACUUUUAUUUUAGGUUCGGCUUCACGUCUGCAUCUUUUAAAAGCUUUGCGCUUCUACUUUUUUUUCCCUCAUCUAUGUACACUGGUGAGAGAUUAUUUUUGGGGUGCAACUGGAGGAAGCAGCCCUUGAAACGGUAGUGUCCCUCACUGACCGACUCACUCACUCACUGACCGACUUUUUCAAUAACUGAGCAGCUGCCGACAUAGCCAUGUUCCAAAUCUAGAGGCCAGCAAAGUAGUCACAGUCAAUAUGCGCAGUGCCUGUUCGGUCCUUGUUUAGCAAGAUACAAGGAUUGCAAGUUUUCUGUUGUUGAGAGAAGAGAGGGAAGAGCUGGACGAUGGUUCUUCACGUGAAGAAGAGGGUCCCAAAAACCACACUCCAACCACAGUCAGGUUUUCUCAGACACUCCGAAUAUGAUCUCAAACAAAACGUAUUCUCAGAAGACGUCUUAACGGCAUUAUGGGUCUCCCAUAACAGGUGUGCAUCAUUUGGAUUUAAAGGUAUACUAACAUGUUUAUAAAAUAGGGAAAAAAAACUUUUGCUUAGAUUCAGUAAAAAAAAAGAAAUGUAACAUUUUCUUUUUUUAAUAUACUGUAUCAAGAGAGGUUCUGUUUUUGUUGUGUUCAUGUUCAAUGGCCCCAGAAGUGGCAGUUUUAAGCCCCUCCCUUGUUUUGGAAACAGUUGCCAUGCGUGCUGUACCUGUGUACCACCAACCGCAUCCAUCGUCACUUCCCCCGGGUCCCCAGAACACCUAGGAUGUGACACGGUGGCCUCUGGGGACCUUCCCUCGCCAUGAACAUGCUGGCCUCCUUCCUUUUGUAAUUUUUCAACUCUAAAUUUAACCCCUCUGUGUAGCCUGAAUGAGGGCAAAGCAGUAUAAAUCAAGGUACAUAUCUCUCACACACCCCUCUUGCGAUUCAUCUCUGAGCAGCAGGUAAUGAUAGAAAGCUGUCCUGUAGGAUUGGCCUGUAAAUGCUAGGAUUAGACCAGUGUAAAUGAAGAUCUGCUGGACAGUUCCCGAAGUGUUGGAGAAUAACAGCUAAUUUUUCUGUAUAUCUAGGUGACUAAACAACUAUAAAGCCAUUCAGCCUUGGCGGACCAGAGCUCCUAAUCUCUGUUUUAUAUAUGUUGUUAAGUAAGUUCUGAUAGGUGUUUGAUGAGGAAGUGUGAUAUUUUGACACGUGCAUUUUCAAACACUUUUUCAAUUUUGUUUUAUUGCUGUUUUUAUUUCAGCAUUCGUUGGUGUACUGUUAAGGUUUAAUUCCUCCUACUGCUCUGGAAAUACAUGACGUACAAUUUCAGAUAACAGUUCAAAUGUCAACAUAUGGAAACAUUGGAACAUGACUGAACAUAUGUUGGAUAAUAGGAAAGUCCUACAAUAGCAGGCGUGUUAUGAAGCCACCCUUUAAAGAUUAUACAACUGCCUUUUUGUUUUCUGCCAUAAUGUUAACAAAGUAUGAGGUUUAUUAUAAAACAUUACAUAAGCCACUUAAUUUAUUUUUGUAAGGAACCUUAUUUUAACUCA